CGUGGUGACUGACAGCAGAGGGGGCGGGGCUUGGUGUCGGGCUGCUGCUCACUGUUGGACUCUUUUGCCUUCAGCUGUAGCUGCUCCUGGAGGAGGAGGAUGCGCGCGGGGGAAACCGCUAUAUCGUGUCCAUCAAUGUGACCGGGGACCAAAAAGGGCACCUUGGAGUUCCUUCAGAGUUCCAGGAUUGUCUGUAUACCACUUCUAUAUACGGUUUCUCUUAUGGACAGCAAUAAACACAGGCUCUGACAUGAAGAAAGACAUUGAGGCUUUAAUAGCACAAGAAAGGGCCGAGAUAAUCUGCAAAUAUGAGCGGGGAAGGCAGCCGGGCGCUGAAAUUGACCCAUGGGAAGAUGCAGAUUUUGCACUUUACAAAGUUACUGACAGAUUUGGAUUCUUACAUGAGCAAGAAUUGCCUUCAAGAACUGCUGCUGAGGAGAAGCAAAAACUGCAGGAAAUUGAGCGCGUGGACAAAUGGCUGAAGAUGUUAAAGAAGUGGACGAAAUACAGGAACAGCGAGAAGAUGUUCCGCCGGGUUUAUAAAGGAAUUCCUUUGCAAGUCAGGGGGCAGGUGUGGUCACUGCUUUUGGACGUUGAGGUGAUGAAGUGUGAGAAUGAGGGUAAAUAUGAGAAAAUGAAAGAGCUGGCCAAGAUGUAUUCAACGGAAAUCAAACAGAUUGACUUGGAUGUGAACCGAACAUUCCGAAACCAUAUUAUGUUUAGGGAGCGAUAUGGCGUCAAGCAGAGGGCCUUGUUUGAUGUAUUAUCAGCCUAUUCUGUCUACAAUACGGAAGUCAGCUAUUGUCAGGGGAUGAGUCAAAUUGCAGCUGUGCUGCUCAUGUAUCUCAAUGAAGAGGACGCGUUCUGGGCUCUAGCUCAAUUGUUAACCAACCAAAGGCAUGCAAUGCAUGGGUUCUUCAUCCCCGGCUUCCCCAAACUUCAAAGAUUUCAAAGUCAUCAUGAACAAAUUCUCAGCAAAUUUUUCCCAAAGCUAAAAAAGCACAUGGAUAAAGAAGAUAUGUCCACCGGGAUUUAUACAACAAAGUGGUUCCUUCAAUGCUUCUUAGAUCGGACGCCUUUCACACUCACCCUGAGGCUGUGGGACAUCUAUAUCUUGGAGGGCGAACGAGUGCUUCCUGCCAUGGCAUACACUAUACUGAAACUGCAUAAAAAGCGUCUGCUCAAGAUGUCAAUGGAGGACCUCCGGGAGUUUCUGCAAGAGAAGAUCGCCCGAUCUUUGAGCUAUGAUGAUGAUAUCGUGGUCGAGCAGUUACAGACGUCUAUGGCGGAACUGAGGAAGAUGAAACUAGAGCUGCCACCUCCAGGAAAGGCUGAAGAGUUCCCUAAAAUGACCUUGGGUCAGGAUUUCCCUGUUCACCUGCUUCCUGUUAAAGCAACAGCAGAGUCCAAUGUACUGGAUAGGACGGACAACAGCAGUACAUCACAAAGCGCAAAACCUUCUGGAGAUGUCAAUGAGAACAACUCAAGUGCGGGUGAUAAUGGUAAAACCAUCCAGAACGGUAGCUCAAGACCCGUGACUGAAGACCGUAAACCUGUCGUAUCACAACCUGUAAUAGCAGAUCACCACAAGGUGGAGAAGCAAACACCGGAAUCGAAUGUAGCAAAAACAGAAAAUGGAAAGAAUGCUAAACUUAAAGAUGAUAGCGGUCUAGAAAGUCAUCCAUUAGAGAAUAAAGAAUGUAAAAAAGUGGUUUCUGAAUCAAGUAUCGUAGAAGACAAGCCAGAGCUGAACAAUUCACCAGCACCUUCUACGGAGAAAUCUAUAAAGGUCGAUGCACCAGGUACAAGUUCCCACAUUAUGGAUUGUAGUCAUGAUUGUACGAAAAAGACGACAGUGAAUCCUGCGUUCAGAAAUGUCAUGGACAAUGUCCAAUCCCCACCACAUCUGCUAAAGGAAAGUAAAGAAGGAAUUCCCCUGCCGUCGUAUCCAGGAGUGAAUCAGCUCCAACCGUGUUCUGUGGAAAUCAUUCCUUCACAAAGUUCUGACCUGCUUUCUUAUAACACAGGAACCACAUAUGACCUUUCUACUGCGGAAGAAAGCAGCGCUCCAUCAGGACAACUGGCCUCACUUCUGCCACCAGAAUUAGACGUUAGAAGAUGUUCUUCACAAUAUGAUAACAUGUCCGAGUUAGAUCAAGAAGAAUGGCCGCCCUGCCCUACAGACUCCUCCUUGGGUGAGCUGGAGACUGAGACCUGGCAGUCAAAUAUAUGUAAUGCUCUCGACCUGUCCACAGACCAGCCCAAUGAGUUGGCUAAGCUCCCGCAAUUGACAUCCACAAUGGCUUGUCACCAAGGACCCUCAGGCAGUGUUCCUACUUUACUAGCCUCCCCAUCUGGGCAGCUAGAAAAAAGGAGUACUCUUACCAAGUCGUCUCCGUCAUUAGGUCAUGCGUUUACCGCUUGCCAAGUUAUUAAGACGGUUACACCGAUUCAGGUGUCUCAUGUGAGCGACCAAGACCGCCAAAAUGUCAAGCACGUGGCGCAUCCCUUUCCUCAGAGCCUCAAACAUGCACUUAUCUGCAGCAACCACAAAGAAACGGGUCAUAUUCCACUAAUUCCAUGUGUAAAUGGCCCCAUCUGUCCAUGUACGAAUCCCCCAACCUUACCCCAGACAUGUGACCCAAAGCAGUCAGAAAAGCACCCACUUAAAGCUCUUUCCGAUAACAAUUUCUACUCGACCAACCAAGCUGCAUCCCAGAUGUCUAAAUCCAUAACAUUCUAAACCAGAGAUGAAGUCGCUCCCCCCCUUUUUGUAUUUGUUCCAUCAUGCUUUGCGGUGUAUUAGCCAUUUUUAUGCAGGACGUAAAAAAUGGGCCCGAUCCAUAGCACGGACUUGUCAAGACAAUGAUCAGCUGCACUGGUUUCAUUGGCUGGAUUUUAAAGGGGUAUUUCGGCCAAAUACAUCUUUAUCCCUUAUCCUUUGGAUAGGGGAUAAGAUGUCUGAUCGCGGGGGGUCCCCCGCGAUCAGACAUCUUAUCCCCUAUCCAAAGGAUAGGGGAUCAGAUGUAUUUGGCCAGAAUACCCCUUUAAUUGUUUUUUUAUUAUUAUUAUUAUGAUGAUUAUUUUGUUUUGUUUUUUAAGUAUCAACGACAAUUCACAAAGUGCUUAUUAUUCCUAUUUAAUAUUUUUGUGUUUUUAUUUUUUGUUUUGUUCUUUUUUUAAAGAAGAAGAAGAAGAAAGAAAAAAAAAAAAAAAAGCUUGCACACAGUCAUGUAUCGAUAGCGUUGUCUGUAUGACAUGUAUAAAAGUUAUGGCUCUCAAUCUGCUCCACGAUUUUAAUUGCUUGCGGAGGAAAGUCUGCGUCAGGGGUCUGUGCUGUUGUACAAAUACAUAUGUCCCAUUGUGAACCGUCCCAGGAAUUUGGUAUCUGAUGUUAAAGGGAAUGUGUCAUCGGAAAUAUUAUAAUUUUUUUUUUAUUAAGUUUUUACGUUAAAUAUAUAUUUAAAUAAUUUUUACUAAUGUUUUUGAAUUUUUUUUUUCUUUCAGUUUUAUAUCUACAUUUUUUUUUUAUAAUACUGAAAUAUCAGCCUCAUAAUAGGCUGACCCCUUCCUGUUCUGUAGGGAAAACUACAUCACAGGCAGAAUAACAAUGCAGAUGACAAAGGAUCCACCAUUAACAAUAAAUGAU